AUGAAACGUCAUCGUGUUGAAAUUCUUUGUGAAUUACUUAAUCCAAAUCACCAUACGAAAGCAUCAAAAUUAUGGCACGUCGAUUUUAAAACUGGUAGACGUACCCCAAUAUCACGUUUAUUAUUAAAUGCAUCAUUGAAUGAUGCACCGGAUAUAUUUAAAAGGAAUCGAAAUAAACGUUUAGAAUAUGUUAAAAGAAAUCAUUUACGCAUAAGAUUUUUGCAAUUAGAAGAUUCAGCUCGAUAUGAAUGUAAUUGUUCUGAUUGUGAUGAAGAAUUGGAUAAACAAACCAAAGAAUUACAAGUUCUGAAAUUAAUUGAACCAAAAUGGUAUAUUGAACCGAGUUGGCCAAUGCAAGAACAUGCUAAAACAGCAAUAAAAUAUUUUUAG